AUGCCGGUCACGAUGGAUGCAGCCACACCGGUCACCCGUAUUCUAGCAAACAGGGAUACAGCUGUAAAUACGGGUCUUCAGAGGCUUAGCAGCUCCAGGGCAGACAGGUUGCCCACUCCCCAAGGAAGGGCCUCCUGUGUGGGCAAUACAGAAGAUGGGCAGUUAGUGGUCGCUAUCCUAAGGCCUGAAGAGUCGGUACUUCACCUCGCUGGCCGGGCUCCUUUUGGGUGCCAUCAAUGGAACAAGAUUUUUCGUUACAAGUCUCAGUUUAUCCUCCACCAGAGGUCCCACACAGGAGACCGACCCUUUCGGUGCCACUUGUGUGAAAAGGGAUUUCUGCAGUCCUCAGACCUCAGAGUUCACCAGCGCAUCCACAUGGGCGAAAAGCCUUACGGGUGUAGCAUCUGCAACAAGGUGUUUACCCAUGAGUCCUCCCUGCUGGAUCACAUCAGGAUCCACACGAAGGAGACGUCGUACGUGUGUGAGAGCUGUGGAAAACGCUUCAACCAGGGCAACCUCAAGGUCCAUAUGGACAUCCACAGCAACGUAAGACCCUACAAGUGCAUGGAGUGCAACACGGCCUUUCGACAGAAGGGGACGCUGAUGGGGCACAUGAAAAUCCCCUCGAGAGAGGAGGUGCCGUUGUGA